UAGAACCGCGAUGAACAAUGCCCAAAUACAUCCCUCUUUUCCGUCUCUCUCCCACUUAUAAAUAAAUUACUCUUUCAUCAUCCAUCCUCCAACUCCACCCAAAAUGGCAAUAUCCAAAGCAAAGAAAGCAGCACUUUUGGUGUUCACUCUUCUUCUCCUUACCUCAUCAACAGCCUCUCCGCUUCCAUUCUUCGACCCAUUUGGGAUUCUGGAGCAAACCCCUUUUAGCUUCCAAGACGAAAACAGAGAUGCUCUGCAGCACCCACUCCAGCCCACCAGAGUGGACUGGAAGGAGACGCCGGAGAGGCAUGUGAUCAUGCUGGAUGUGCCUGGACUUGACAGGGAUGAGCUGAAGAUCGAAUUGGACGACGAGAACAGGGUCAUCAAAGUGAUGGGAGAGAGGAAAAGAGAGGAGGAAAAACAGAGCGAUCACUGGCACCGAGUCGAGAGAAGUUAUGGCAAAUUCUGGAGGCAAUUUCGGGUGCCCAGAAAUGCGGAUAUGGAGUCUGUUAGAGCUCGGCUGGAGAAUGGGGUUCUCACGGUGACGUUGUCCAAGGUCUCGCCGGAGAAGGUUAAGGAUCCCAAAGUGGUGAGCAUUGAAGAACCGCGGGCGGAGCAGGCGAAGUUGGGAGGGGCCAAGCAAGAGCUUUGAGAACUCAAAUUUCUGUUCUUUAGUUAUGUGUGAUGUUUUGAGUUGAAAGUUUGAAUGCAGUGUCGUGCGUGUAAAAUAAAGAAGCAAGUUUGUGUUAUG